AUGGCGCGGUUGGAUGUUUACUCUACGGAUAGAGUGCUAGACUUUUUACAUUUUUUACUUAUUUUACAAACAUUACAACCAUUUUCUUCACAAGUUGAUGCAGUUGAAAGUCACGGUCAAGCUUUUAUUCAAACAGACCAACACCUAACAUACAUAGUUGGAGAUAUCAGUGGAAUCCCUUUAGAAAUAAAACCUGGUUAUCCAGAUUCAUUAUCAAUACAAGAUGACAAAAUUUUUUCCAGUAGUCUUAGAUUGGAUCCGUCCAUGCUGGAUUUUCAAGAACAGCCUGUGGGGAUGCCACGAAUUGAGAGGGUUAUAGUUCAAAAUAAUGAUCCAAAAAAUAAUUUACAUUUGCUGUCCAUAUCGGGGAGCACAGUUCAUUUUCAUUGCUCAUUUUUUCAAGAUAAAAUUGUACCCCCUGGAGGGAACACUACAUUUGAUGUGGUAUUUCUAGCCCGCCAAGUAGGAAAUGUGGAAAAUACUCUAUAUAUUCACACUUCCAUAGGGUCAAUAAAAUAUCAGGUUUUUGGGGUUGGUAUUCCAAACCCUUACCGGUUGCGACCCUACUUAGGAGCAAGGGUACCUCUCAACAGUAGUUUUUCAUCAUUGAUACAAAUGCAUAAUCCUCAUAAUGCCAAGUUGCAGCUUUUGGAAAUGUUUUCAAGUGAGGGUGAUUUACACCUGGAGCUGCCCUCAGGGGAUAAGGAAGGCUCUCGUGAAUUAUGGGAGUUGCAGCCUUUUGAAACCAAAUCUGUAAUGCGUGCUAAUUUUAUUGGGAGGGUUGAAAACAACCAUACAGCCUUUAUUAGGAUCAAAACAGACAAGGAGAAAAACACUGAGACUCUAAUCCUGCCUGUAGAAAUAGAGGUUACAUCAGAACCUGGCAUCUAUUCCCCAAUAGAAUUGAUAGAUUUUGGCAUUUUGAGAACUUUAGAUGCACCCAAAACAGUGAAACUGAACUUGAUAAACACAGGAUCAUCUGCUAUUCAUAUUACAAGCAUUAGUGUUUCACCAAGCAACAAGGCUAUAAGUAUAGAUUUUCGACCUCUGAAACUUCAGCCUGAUCCAAAUAGACACACCACAGUAGCUCACAUAACAUUCAAUGCUGUCAAAGCUUUGCAUUCAAAACAGUGGACAGGAAAGAUCAUAAUAAAGACCAAGAACAGUUCUCAGAAAUUGGUGCUACCUUAUCGAGCAGAUGUGUUGCAUGGGUCACUGGUGUACAACGUGAACACUACAUUCUUCUUCAGUGCUAAGAAAUUGAGAAAUGUUACUCGAGAGCUCUCCAUGACAAAUACUUUCAACUUUUCCAUUGUUAUUUACAAUGUCACACUUCCACCUGGUAUCGGUCAAUAUUUUUCUAUUCUAAAUUUCUCUCAACCUGUGAUACUCCUACCCCAGCAGACGGCCACCCCGUUUCUGUUGCGCUUCCAUCCCAAUGCAACUCAGCUUCACUUUACAACAACACUCACCAUACACACAAAUGCAUCCAAGUUCGAGAUCCAGAUCAUAGUCUACAAUGGGCUUUUCAAGGUGAUUCAUCAUCGCCCUGAGAAAUUCAAAGGACAGCUAGAUUUUGGAACAAUGGGAGUAGGAGAAACAAGAAGCAUGAUAUUUACACUGCGGAACGAUAACCCAGUGGAUAUUUUUGUAGGUGAAUACAGUUCCAACAUAAACAGAACCACUAUAGAAAUACUGGGUAUAGAGAAAGGAAAUGGCACAACACUGACUAGGAUUCAUAAUAUAUCAGAAAUUGAUUUGGAUCCACUAAUCAUUAAACCGUACCACUAUGCAGUGUUCAGUGUCAAUGUUAUGGCCCCAAACGAGGAAGGGGCAUAUGCAGCAGAAGUUUUAAUAGUUACUCAGUUUCAGGAUAUUUUUAUCCCAGUUACCUUACGAACUGCUGAGGGUAGUCUUCAUGCCAUUCCAGAAAAGUUUGUUUUUGAGAAAGUUUAUCCAGGGAAAAUUCCAUUUAAAGUACUGCAGAUCCAUAGUACGUUUGAGGACAUGAUGGAGGUCACACAGGUGACCUUUCAGCCAGCGGAUACUAGGUUCCACUUCGUACCUCAAAACGACAACAUUGUUCUGCUGAAACCUCAUGAGCAUAAUGUGGUUGGAAAAAUUUAUUUUGAUCCCAAGAAAGAAUGCAAUGAAGAAUGUUAUGUAGGGUUACCAACAUACACACCAGCUGGUCACCAGUGGCUUCUUGGGCUGUCGCUGGACAAAGAGGUGGCCGACACAGAUCAGUAUCUUUACACCCGAUUACAGCAGAAGUGGGAAUCCUUACAAAAAUCAGAACAAAGCAUAGCCAAUGUGACCAUAGAGUUAGACACAAACCAUGUGCGGGGUUUUUUAUUCUCGGCACAGGCACAUCUGCACUGGCCAUCACUGGUCCGUAGGUGCAAGAUCAAGUUUCCUUUGACACAGAUAGGGAAUACAUCUUAUUCUGAUUUUAUUGUGGAAAAUCCGGGAGAUGUGCCUGUGCUGAUUCAGAUUCUGCCACUUUCCCUGUAUCCUAAUCCACACACCAUUAUUGAUCUUCUCAGUCAGAGAUUGUCAACAGAUCUUACAGAUUUCAUUGAAACAGAGGAUCUAGAAACUUUUACCUUACAAGAUCUUGAAGAAUUCAAUACUACUCAAGAGUUCCGAAAGACCAUAGAAAGUACACUUGGAGUAAAAGCUCAUCCACAAUCCAUUACUGCUGUACUGCAGCCAAAUGCGAAGAUGAAAAUUAAAAUAGGAUUUCACCCAAAGGAUGACUUCUCUAGGACAUCUGUCAUCCUCAUUAGAAAUAAUUUGACCAUAUUAGACACUCUGGUGGUUCAGGGGCAGGGUUGUCGUGGCGAGAUGAGAUUCAGCAACAAAAAACCAGGCUCGAAUUACCCACUGUUGUUCGACAUGAACGACAAGCAUCUAAAAAACUGUGAUAUCUCUGAUAAGAAGCAAAGCAAAAGUAUGAUGCCUCAUUUUACUGUGCGGAGAACAUUUACGCUGCGGAACACAGGGGAUCUUUCGUUUUAUGUGAAGGGAUUUAGCAUAAAUGAUGCAGCUUGUGAAGGCUAUGGAUUUAAAAUACUCGAUUGUGAUGGUUUUGAAAUGCUACCAAAUACAAGCCGCAAAAUCGAUAUAGCCUUUACACCAGACUUUACAAUGUCACGUAUUCGGAGAUCUCUGACAAUACACACUAGCCUGGGGCCUCCAGCAAACUACACACUUCAGGCAACAGUUCCAUCAUAUCUGCUGUCCAAAUGCUCUGCAGCGUUACCCCGCCCCAACUGGGAACCGGUGCUAUAUUACUCAAUCGUAUGUGUCAUGAGCUUUCUGCUCUUCUGCAUACUUGUGGCAGCGUAUUUUGAAGCAGACAGAAUAAUAGUAGCCGACAUCCUGAAACGCAAAAUUAGAAUGAAUAAUGGUACUCAACCCUUUGAGAAAGGAAAAGUUUUCGACCUGAGAAAUGUUGCCGGUUUACAGCUCAAUCUUAAACCUGCAAACCCGGUACCAGCACCGGAAUUGAGGCCUGUCCCAAGGCAGAUGGUGGAAGUUAAUGGCCAUAUUGAAUACAGACAACAGAAUAAAGAACCCUUCCUUGGCAGCAUACUCAGUUUGCUAAGAAAUCUCAUUCCACAAAAAGUAUUCUCCUCUCGGAAGCACCAUGUGGACCGGCAGACUUCUCGAGAGAAGGAAACUAAGCCAGUUCCUGAACAGAACUCUCUUAAACCAGUGACCAGUGAUAAAGACAAACAACCUUCUACCCCACCGAUACUACCGGAGAGCACAACUGAGAAAUCUCUUAGUGUGCAUAGGCUGAGAAAGACCAAGUCUUCUCAGAAGCGUCACAGUGAUCCCAAUACGAGCGAUGGGCACGCUCUGUUGGGAUCAGGUGACCGAAAGGUGAGAGACUCCACUAAUACAGACAACAAGAAGACAACCGAUAACGAAAUGGCUGAUGGAGAUGCUUCACAGCACACACGAUCCUCAGUCACCCAUAAAUGGGAAUCAACCAAUGACACAACUGACAUUGUCAGCGAAACUUUUGUCAAAGAAGACAUCAAUGCGAAUCGACCAGUAAAUAGACUGAAAUCUCGCAAGAAGAGCCGUAAUAGGAUGGAGCGAGAAUUUCUCAAGGAGAGAAUAGGAGUCCGUGAAAAUCACGGACUGGAUGAUAAAGAUGAGAUAUCUUCAACUACUACUGACUCUUCAGCAGGCGAUGUUGAAGAAAAGAACUCUAGUGCACGGGACUCUACUCCCGAGCCACUGAUUUCCUGCACAAUGACACGAAGAAACAAAAAGUUGAAGCCAAUCGAUAGAGCUGUAGCUGCUGUCUUGGCUGACGACUAUAAUGAUGAUGACCAUUUUGAACUCAAAUCGAAGUCAAAGGCUCACCGCAACAUUCGAGUGAACCCAAAAGAGACAUUUGGCGGAAAUGUACUUCGACCAAGUACUUUGGAGCUGCCUUAUACUCUUGAUCCAAAAAUAAUCAAAGACCAUAACAACCAGACAUCUGACGAGCCACUGAAAAAGCGAGCACCCAAACCUAAGACAAAGCUUAAAAGUGUUUCAUUGUUACAAGUGGUCACGAGCGACAGCAGCGACCAAGAUAAAGACUCUCCCCCGCCAUCAUGGGACGCGCCGAGUCUUGCACCACCUCCUGGUGACUUCAGUGAGCUUUCAAUACAGACAGAAACAUUUGCACAAAAGCAUCUGAAACCACUAGGCAGUGGUAACAACAACAUCAAUGGCUUUUCACCGGACGCUCUGUCCAGCUCUAGUCGGUCUAGCAGCUACAGCAGCAUCGUGAGCAGCAGCAGUAGUGAGGUUAAUGGACUGAAGACCAAGGCCAAGCAGACGACAAGUGAAGCCAAACGGCAGCCGGCAGGAUUCAACCCAUUUGGAGAUAAUGGUUUACCACUACCAGGUCCACUUGGAAUAAAGACGUCUCCACCACUGACAAAGCUGUCUACCACAGAAAAGUCUCGCAAUCCUUGGACAGGCAGUCCUCCAUCUCCUGAUAACAUUGGAUUUGGCCUUCAGACUAUAGAGGAAAAUGACAAGACAACAUUUGGCAGUCAGCCGUCGCCUGUGGAUACCUUUUCCAAUGGCGAUUAUGCCUUUAAUGCUGGAGUGGCAGGUGCUACAGACCCAAUGUACCCAGGAUACCUGACUCCUAUGGACCAGUUGACUAUGUCCAAACAACCUACGAUGAUGCAGCAAUUAAUGGCUGAUCGAAGACGGCGGUACCAAGAACAUCAGAUGAAGAUUCUUACCAAGGGUGAGGAUUGGCCAGGGUUUGACGUGCCACCAGUGAGAAGUGACAGUUUGUGGGACUCGGACUAUAAUCCCCUUAGACCUAACGCCUGGUCGGCUGCUACUGACUCACCACCUAAUCCUAAUGCUGGAGGAUUAUGGAAUGCUAUCACUAACUCGGCACAUAGUGGUUGGAAUUCUCUUCAAGCGAUCUGGAAUAACACGCCUACCUCCACUGCAUCUGUUCUUGAAAAAGAAAAACCAUGUGUCCCUGUGUUCAAUGACGGUGCUAACCCUCAAGUGACUACAUUCAACCCAUUCAACUCAAUGGCUGAUAUCUGGGGACCAAAUUCAACCAACAUACCUGCAGAUACAAACUGGGGGCAGUUUAUGCCAGAGAGCAAUGAAAAUAAGAAAUAAACACAAACUUAUAGUAGUGUGAUCUCCCUUACUUUAUUUACAUUUUGGAAAUUGAUUUUAUCAUCAUGUUGUAGUUUUAUAUUGUGUUUUAUCUGUGAUUUGAAACCCUUUGUGAAGUGAGAAUGUUAAAAAAAAUAGAGUUUUUCUUUUUGAGCAAUUAUUUAUGGAAAUGACAAAGCUAAGCAGUAUAUAGGUUUCAAAAUUUUCAGCUUAACUUGUUGCUAAUUGUUGUGUUUUGCUUUAUUUGUUUUGUGGUUUGAUAAUUGUUUAGUGAUUAUGUUUUUUAGAUAAUUUUAUUGUGUUAUUAUCAUUUUAAAUUUAAUGUUAAUUGCAAUAAUGAUACCAAGUGAGUAUCAUCAUAUAAAAAAUAGAUACUUGACCACUAGUGAUAAAUUACUUAUUUAAAAAAUAAAAAAAAUCAAUUUUUAUGAAACUUACUGUAAAACCAAAAUCUAAAAGUUUUGCAGUUGAUUUUUAUAUUUACAUAUCAAAGUUGUAAGCAAAGUGAUAAAGUUAUAUUAAAAUAAUAUAAAAAUCAUUGUAAUGCCAUUCUAUUUCUAAUAAAUUGUAAACCGAGUGUACUAUAUUUUAAUUUUGUUGAUUUGUAUGUUGUUUUUGAUGUACAUCUGUGAUAUAUUUUUGUUUUUUGUACAAUUUUUAUGGUAUUUUUAUUUGUUAAAAGUAAACGACAACUAAAGGAGUGUUAAAUAUUGUUAUGGUAUUCUUUUCAUUAUAUUGUAUGUUUUGUGAAAACAAGAUUUUAUUAUUAUUAUUUAGAUGUCCUACACGUUCUGUAAAGAUCCUGAUUUUAGUAACUUAUUAAAGACUUGACAGCAUGUCACAUUAACUGGCUUAUUUUUGUCAGUUCACUUGAUUAAUUAAAUCAUAGUCUUCUCUUUUUGUAGCAUGCACUCUGACCUCAAGCAGAUUGCAUAAUAAUUUAGUUCAUAAACAAUGAUAUUAUAACAAUAAAUUUCCUGAAGUGCAACCCUAAUCACCAAGUUUAUUUGUAUGACAGAACUUUGUGAGUAGGACUGCAUGACAUAAAUGUUGUUGAUAUAUCAGUUAUUAACGUUAUAGCUUAUAGUGUUGGUAUGCAUCAGGAUGAAUACAAAAGUGAAAAUACUUGUUUAUUUCAAAAAUGUUCCUUGCAUAAUAACUUUUGUUGUUCUAACAUUUAGCACUGAAAAGUAGAAUUUAUAAAUAUCCGUUGUAGGAAACUCGGUGAUUUUAAUAAAUAGAUUUUGGUUUGUGUUAGUUUUAAGUUCAAGUGUUACGCCUGCUUUUCCCAAUAAGUAAAGCAAUAAGUGGUUUGGGCUUGUUUUUUUUGUCUUUUAGGGGGUGGGUUUUGAAGGUGUAAUAGAUUUGGAAAAAUUCUGUUUAAGUCCAAGGUUAGAAAAACAAAAUAAGAAUAAAAUGUUUAUUUUGUUUAAAUAUGUAUCCGUGCAUGUUCUUUACUAUGUUGACAUGUAUGUUGUUUUGCUAUAAAAGUGCUGUGUUUAGAUAGUAUAUAUACUGUUUGUAUCUGGGGUUUUCCUUCUGUAUGUUGUAAGGGAGAUCACUCUGAAUGUAUUCUGUUUAUUUUUUGUUGUAAAAGAUUUUAUGGAAGUUGAACAAAAAACAACAACAAACCUGUUACGGAUUCAUAGUGAAUAGGUAAAUUUAGCAAACUUAUUUUUAAUAAAUGUUUUAUUAAGUCAGACAAGAAUGUAAGUUUAUUUUAUUUUAAUUAUUUGAGUAAAUACAGAUAAUCAUUUCCAUUUAGUCGAAAUAAUUCUUAUACCUUAUAUUGUUUAUAAAUAAUAUAUCUUCCUUAAAUUUGUAGUUAAACAUUCAAUACCGGUAUGGUUUAAUCUGGAUUUUUUUUUUUUUAAUCAGUUCUUUUUUUUUUUUUUUUUUUUUUU